AGACGAGGAAAAAGCGACGUUGGCAGUCGAGGAAGCAGAACCUGGCAGCAGAGACGUACGAACCUCCAUCGCGAUCGCAUCGUCGUCGCGUAUCCCAUCCCCUCGUACGCGCGCACGAAAAUACGACUCACGUUCGUUGAGAGAGCUCGAGCGCGAGCCUGACUCCUCGACAAGCUAAGCCAAGCACCCGAAAAACUUCGACAGUAGACCAGGCGAGCCCAGCAGCUGCAACCAUGGUUUACGAGAGCGACUUCUACACGACUCGGCGACCCUAUUCGCGGCCGCUCUCUUCCUACAGCGUCACGUAUCGACCCGUCGUCAUACCUCUCUCCAGCAUCAUUCAGUUGAGGACCAUUCCUUACAUGCCAUACGUGGCACACAAGAGACUCGUCACCAUAGUCCAUUCGCCGGUCCAUCACGUGUACUAUGGUGGCGCGAUGGUACCGAUAAGGGUGCGGGCGCGUGUGCGACCUAGCGUCCUUGCAGCCGAGCUCAACAGGAUACGUGACCUACCGAGACCGUCCACCAAAUCCUACAUCGAAGAGUACUUAAACUCUCGAGAUAACAUAUUCUUUGACGACGAGGCGAGGGAGAUUCGCGCGAGAGUGGAUUCCCUUCUGCGACGGGUCCACGUGUUUGUGCCGAGGGCAUUAGCAAGCGACUUUGCCGAGGAGAUCAUCCCAGAACGUAUGCGCAGCCAUGAUUAUGUUCGCCGGCUGCUCACCGGCCGCAACAACGCGAAGAAGCAGAUAGAACACCUGGGCUGGUACGAGGUGCCCGACCGAGGCGCCUUUGGCACCUUGGCAUGCGUCAAGUACGUCGCUGGCAAGCCACAAUCCAUCAGGAAGCCGUAUGUCAAGGUCGCGGAUCUACGACCGGCUGACAUCCGUAACGACGUCAACUUCCUCAGCUACUACAGCAAGAAUCGUCAGGCGGCCGCGACUGCCUCCCCGCGUCAACCAAUGACAGAACGAGAGAUGCGAAAGGCACGUGCGUUAGCCAUUGAACCGACAGCCCAGGAACAGAAAAUAACCCCCGCUCCGGAAUCGGAAGCAAAACCAGAGAAGAAAUCAAAAAAGCAGCCCGAGCCGGAGAAGGAACCGGAACCGAUACGUGAACCAGUACCAGAACCGGUAAAAGAAACCGAACCCGCAUCCGAACCCGUAAAAGAACCGGAACCAGUAGCGGAGCCGCAAACGGAACCAGAAGUGAAACCGUCGAAACCCGUAAAAGGCUCGAAAUCUGCGAAAUCGACAAAAUCCGCAAAAGCGGCCGAGCCUAAAGCAGAACCGACGCCGGAAGCAAAGCCCGUUAAGGAACCAGAACCAGUGAAAGAACCGGAGCCUGUACAGGAAUUGGUAAAAGAACCGGUGCCCGUUCCAGAACCAGUAAAAGAACUGGAACCCGAGCCUGCAAAAGAACCAGCGUCCGUUCCAGUUUCAAAACCGGAACCUGAAACUGUAGCAAAACCGGAAACGCCGACCGAAAAUGCGAAGGUUGUAAGUGAUGAAGCGAAGAAGGAAAAUCUCGAACAGGUGAAAAAGGAUAAAGAAGAUGCAAUAAAGAGGGCCGAGGAGUAUCUUGCUAAAGUAGCUCGAGAAGCGCAGUCGGAAGAGGAGAGGCGGAAAACUGCAGAGGAGGAACGCCUGCAGCUCGAAAUGGAAGAGAGGAAAGCGUGGGAGGCACUACAGCUUGCACAAGAACGGAAAGCCGAGCUUUCCGAGAUACUGGAGACCGAACAGCAGGAAGUCGAAAGGAAGGCAGAAGAGGCGAAGCUACAGGCGGAACACGAGGAAAGGGAAAGAAUAGAGGAGGGCGAGAGAUUAAUCAACCAGGAGAAGCUCACAGCUCUUAUACAGGAGCAAGAACGGCUGAUAGUCGAGGAACAUCUUGAGGAAGUUGAGAAGCAGAAACAAAAACAGGAAGAAGUGGUAGAUACCGCGCAACUUCCAGUGAGCGAGCUUAACGAUAUCAGCUGCGCCGAGGAUCCGGUGGAUCCUGCCGAGAUAACCGAUCAAGAAAAAGAAGAAAAACUUUACGAUGUUACCACAGAUGAUGAGACACGAGUUGAGGAGGAGAUCGUUCCCGAAGAAGAACCCUUGGAAGUAACCGAAAGUCCGUUCGUCGAAGAGCCGGAAGGGGCUGAAAGCAAGACGCAAACGGGGCCGAUGGCGGUCGAAGAUGAAUCACAGGUGGAGGAGGUCACUUCCGGUGGCGAGGAAUUCGAAUGGGGUGAUCAGGACGCGUAAUUGGGGUCCGGCCGGUUCGGACCGACUCGCGGCGUCGAUGGACUACGUUCCUUUAUCGUCAUCAUUAAAUGCUAGGAUUUAAAGCGACUUCGUCUAUCAUUUUCGCGAAUUAUCAUUUAAGCCGUCGUCAUCGUAGCUAUCCGAUCGGCAAAGGAAUCUUGAUUAAAUUUUUUGUAAUAUCUAAUCUGAUCUUUUUUUAUUUUUAUUUUUUCAUUAAACAUAAUUUCACGUUAACUUUCACGUUCCAUUAAUAUACAUGUCAUUAUGAAUUUCAUUUCGCCUUACGUUAUAAUUGUAUUAAAGUAUAACUCGCGUAGAUCGAUAUGAGAGUCUAAAAGUAUAGAAUUUCAAACGAUUAUUUUCAAUUAAUAUCAGAAGGGCUGAUUGGAGCACUCGUUUGCGGUCUCAUGUCAUCUGCGCGUAUUUAUUUUAUUACUGACCAUAUAUCCUCCAUAUUAUCCUGUAUGGAAGGACGGCAACCGUAGAUCGAGUCUGACAUGAAUAUCGAUUUCCGUUGGUCUGCCGGUAGUGGGGUGAUGAUGAUUCGUUUAUAGUCUCGGAUAGUAAUCGGGUAGAAAUAUCGCGACGAAUUUUAGCCGUUCAUUCGUGCAGUCGAGCUAGCUUCGUCGUCGUCGUCUAUUUUUACAGUAACAGGUUUCAGCUC